UCUUGUCUAGGGGAGAGAUAUCCCCAAUUGGCAUCGGGUUAGGGUUUUCAGGAGCACACAACAAUGUCGACCGGGAAACCUAAGCAAGAAGGCGAUACGAGAUUGGUGGUUGCCGCCACGACGGCGUCGGCAUUAAUGGAGGCAAAGAAAGCUGAUAGCGGAGGAUCUACAUCUAUCGUGGAGUAUAAACCUCCGGUGAUGCUCGAAGACGAAGAAGAUCUAGAGAUAAAGCUUAGAAGAAUCCUGGAGAACGUCCCGGUCCGCGUUAGCAACACCUCUGGUAGUUCCGCUGGUUCUGGAUCCGGUGAUUUCCACCAGUACCGGCAAAUGAGGCGAAGAGAGCAAGACCGACUCACAAGGAUGGAUAUUGACUAUAACAAGCGUUUGAAAAUGGCGGAAUUUACUAUAAGAAGAGAAGAGAAAGUGAAAGCUGCAGAGGAAAAAACAUCAAAGAAGCGUUUGAAACGUCAAAAGAAGAAGCAGAGAAAGCAAGAGAAGAAGAGAAAACCAAACACUGAAGAACAAGGAGAGCAACCUAGAGAAGAAGUAUCAUCUGAGGACGAAGGUAAUGAAGAAGAGUCUGUUGUCGAGGCUCGUCCACGUCCGAUAUUUAACAAAUCAAGGUUUCAAGAGAAGCGUCCAUAAUCUUUCGUUGUUACAUGUAUCCCAAAACUUUCGUUGCAAGAUGCGUUUCUUUUUUUUCCUUUCAUUUUCAGCAUUAGAUGAAUCUAUAAGAAAAGAAUCGUAGCAGGUCUUGACUUGUUUGUGUAUGUACGCAGCAAAAAAAAGUUAAUGGAAUUGAUGGGUCUUUUAAUAGCUAA